AAGCAUCGCAAUAUCAUCAGAAUCAAUUGGGAAGAGUAGCCAUGGCUCGUAAUCGAAAAUUUGACAAUAAUACGUUGGACGUAUUGAAUAAAGGAUGUCUAGAUCCUUAUGACAAUGUGGCCUGUGGACGAAUUGGUAUAUUGGUGUUUCUUAGUAUAAUAACGUUACUCUUCAUAGUUUUAAAAAUUAUCAAGUACCAUCGAUACAAGCAUUCGCAAAUACAUCAUUACGUUAUAUUUUAUCUCUCCGCUAUACAAUGCAUGAUCAGUGCUACAAGUUUUGUAUUUGGAAUUCGAUAUCCACAACUAAAUUUUGCUACAAAUUUCUUCAAGCUUUAUCAAUUCGUUUUAAUUUGUCAUCUUCAUUGGUCAAUGGCAGCGCGUUCUCGCCACAGGGACGAUGUCGUGCAACACGUCAUUAAUCCCAUUCUUUGUCUAUAUACUCUUUAUUGCAUCACCGUUGUCUUAAUGGGAAUGGUGGAUGUUAGUGGAACAUGGACAGAAUGCUUUAGACCUUAUUGGUUAAUGUUGUCUAGUGCGGACUUCAUUGCGGUUCAAUUAUUUGCGGCUGUUGCGCUUUAUCUAACACAUAGUAAUAGACGCCUAGUUAUUUCAGCUCUAAUGAUGCCUGCAUCUUCGUCACAGACAAGAGAUUUAUGGCUUGUCACUGCAGUUUACGAAGUGUCGGCAGCCAUUUCAGUUGUUUUCGAUGCUAUUAUGGUUCUGCUGGGUAAAGAUGAAAGUGGAUGCAGUGGAAUUUACAAUCAUAUACAAUUAUACUAUAGUUCGCUUUUAGUAGUUAUCAUGAUUCUCAAAUAUUUUGUGCCAACUUGGACACUUCUUUGUGUUUUUCAACCGAGUAGAGUAAAAUUAAGACCUUCCGAAGUAACUCUUACUUCACAUUACAAUAUGGAUGGUUCCUGCUAUAAUCAAUACCAUCGAAUGUUUUUGCCAAGUUUUGGCUCCUUGGAAUCAAUCCCGUACCCGGCUCUAUCUUAUCCGACAAAUUCACCAAUGUUUGGAGCUAUUGGAGACUUUUCUGAUAGCUCGCCAGACACAUCUCCAACAAUUACUCGGUACUGGACUAGUUUAGACGAUGAUGCUUAUUGUGGCUAUGAGAAACAUUUUGUAAAUGUCAAUCAAAGAAAAGAAAUGCUAGAGAAUCAAUAUAGAAUAGAGCAAAAUCGACAGAAUCUCGAGAAAAGUCUUGAGACAGGCUUGGAUAAUAAAAAGAUUGAAAAAACUUUUGACAACAGAUAUUUGACAACUAUAAGCGAAGAGAGCGCAAACGUUUUGGAAAAUUCAACGGAAUAAUUUUGUUUUCCCUUUUAAAUAUAAGAUAUGUAUCGAACCUAGUCCAGGAAGGUAUAUCACGUU